CACGUCAUCAGCAGGCGCCUGCUGGACGAGGUUCCUUUAGGUCGGCAAUAGCAGCACUUUGUGGAGGUUCAGUCCGUAUUUUUACUCGAGAGAGAGGAUUGCGAUGGCCGUCGAAUCGAGAGUUACUCAGGAGGAAAUCAAGAAAGAGCCGGAGAAGCCAGUCGACAGAGAAAAGACCUGUCCGCUGCUGCUUAGAGUUUUCACGACGAAUAAUGGCAGGCAUCACCGAAUGGAUGAGUUUGCCCGGGGAAAUGUGCCGUCGAGCGAGCUUCAGAUUUACACUUGGAUGGACGCCACACUGAAAGAGCUGACCAGCUUGGUGAAGGAGGUUUAUCCCGAGGCUCGAAAAAAAGGCACGCAUUUCGGCUUUGCCAUUGUGUACCCAGACCCCAAGCGGCAAGGCUACAGAGUAAAAGACAUUGGGAACACAGUAUCAGGCCGUAAGGGUGCAGAUGACUCCAUGACCCUGCAGUCUCAGCGCUUUCAGAUAGGAGACUACUUGGACAUCGCCAUCACUCCUCCAAACCGUGCUCCACCUUUGCAAGGCCGCAUGAGACCCUAUUAACCCUCUCCACACUAGAACCCUGGGUGCCGACAGUCAUGUCUACAUGGUUACGUUUUGUGUUGUGUCCGAGAUUCUUUACAGACUUUUUUUUUUUUAAACCAGAUUCAUCGGGUUUGUGGUUUUUUUUUUUUUGGUUUUUUUUUAACCAGAUUCAUCGGGUUUGUGUUUUUUUUUUUUUUUUUUUUUUUAAACCAGAUUCAUUGGGUUUGAGUUUUUAAGAUUUAACACACUUAUUGAUGAAUAAAUUUGUUUUUUCCUA